AGUAAGAUAAAUUAAAGCAGCCUGGACACUAGUAACUGAGCCAUACGAAUAUCUCCCGCAUGCAAGUUUCUUUUCCGAAGGUUUACUGACGGUACCGUUCGUCUUUUUUACAUUUACCUCUAGCGUGCACACGAUUUCGUGUCUCAUUCAGACUUAAACAUGCGUUACGUGGCCGCUUACAUGCUUGCUGUUCUUGGUGGUAAUGAAACCCCUUGUGAAGCUGAUAUAAAAAACAUCCUCGAAAGUGUUGGUGUCGGUUAUGAUGCUGAACGUGCAGCAACACUUGUCGCACAGCUUAAAGGAAAAUCACUUAGUGAGUUGAUCGAAGAAGGCAGCAAAAAAAUGGCUAGCAUGCCAGCCGGUGGUGGUGGUGGUGGUGCUCCUGCUGCAGGUGGAGCAGCUGCUGGCGGUGGUGCAGCCCAAGAGGAGAAGAAAGAAGAAAAGAAACAGGAAUCUGAAGAGGAAUCUGACGAUGAUAUGGGAUUCGGAUUAUUUGAUUAAAACAUAAAAAAGAUGUUUAUCAAAA